UAAUUGGUCUAUGAAUGAAUUACAUAAAUCUGAAAAUAGUUCUUCCGAGUAGAGUGUGCCGAAUUAGCAAAGAACGAAUUUCAAAAAUCAAUUUAUCUGAAUUAAUAACUAAUUCAUCACUUUAUACGAAUAAUUUAAGACACUCGAAUUGUUUUCGCAAAAUUAGAAUUGCGAUAUAUUAGCUUUGAUUCCUAUAACAUGAAUCUUUCGGUAAGAUUUAGAUGAGUGAGAAGAAGGUGUCCUAGGAGCGCAGCAUCCUGCGCAGAGAUUCUUUAGUGUCCUGUCAGCUUCUUACUCUCUCUUGCUCCACACCCGUGGUAGCGACAGGCGUGUUUCUUGAUAGUCGAGGAAAAGUAAGGAGCUAGGAAGAGGACAUAGACAAGAUUACUUUCCUUCUAGUUUUGUCUUCGUUGCUCUUUGUCCUGUUUCUUCUUGCAUCGUCAAAGUUGGCCAGUGUUAGUAGAAGAACGGCGUUAGGAAAAGUAGUAAAGGUACUGGCGAAAGGGUAGGACAUUUCGCGUUAAACCUAAAGAGGGUGUAGAUAUAGGAGGAAGAGGAAGAGGAGGAGGAGUUGGAGAAGGUGGUGGAGGUGGAGGAGAGAAACGAGGGAGCGCCCACCACCGGCGUCCUCGAGUUUGCGCGUUUCGCUUCGGUCGGUAGCGCGCGCCGAACGACGCUGCCAGUUAACGCAUCCUGCCGUGGCAGUCGAUAUCCUCGUACGGACCGAUCAGCAAGGCGACGAUCAUCGUUAGAGUUCAGACAGAGAAGAGGAGUGACGAGAAGAGUCACCGUGAGACUUUAUGUAUCGCGAGAGAUUUGUGUAAUAAGGAAAAAGAAGAGGAAGAAAAGAAGAAGGUAGAACGAACGGAAUAAUCAUUGUUUUUCCCCUGUUGACGACUUGCCCGUUUGUAAUCCCAUCGUCUACUGAUUCUGUGCGUUCGGUAGGUGUCUAAAGAAGACUGAAAGGAAGGAAGUUGAAAGAGAGAGGUCGCAAAAGAGGCGGUAAACGUGCAUCGAUCGAGGCAGCGAUUCGUCGCACGCUCAUCCGGAUUCCUGUGAAAGAGAGAGAAGGAAAGAGCGAGAGAAAGUGCGAGACGCAUCAAAAGAGAGGGGAAGACAGAGGGAGAGAGAGAGAGAGAGAGAGAGAGAGAGAGAGAGAAAGAGAGAGAGAGAAAGAGAGAGAGAGAGGGAGGGUAGAGAGGGAGUUUGGCGUUGCCAGCGGAAAGAGGCAAGGCAGGAUAGAGGAAGGUCACGCGCCGGCACGGCUGGAGUCGGUGCGAAAUGGCUUGGGGCUACUGGAGCGCGACUUCCGUCAGCGAUCGAAGUCGGUCGCCACGUCGAGAAAAGGACAAACAACAGCAGCAGCAGCAGCAACAACAGCAACAUCAAACGUUGCAUCAACAGCAGCAACAACAACAAUAUCAGGAAGUGCCACAGGGUGGCUAUGGGGUUCAGCAGUUGCAGGUCGAGUCUGCUGCCCCUAUUGGCAGCGGAGGCCUAGCACCGGAGGAACCACCCCGUGGCACGAUGAUCCAGGCUGGUUCCUUCUAUUCGUAUACCGCAGCAACAACGGCAGCCGCUGCGGCGGCCGCAGCCGCAGCCGCAGCCGCGGCUGGACGUCGAAUCGGUGCUUCAGUCGAAGGUCCUUCCUCUUCCUCCUCGAGCGGCAUACAAAUUUUACCGAGAGAACGACACAUCGUCAAACCUCCACCGGUUGGGAAUUAUCCACCUUCACCUGGUAGCGACUCCGGAGAUUACGAGCAAACACCGCUCGGUGGUGGUAUCGGUGGUUCUCGAGCAACCGAGUGCUCGCCACCGCCCCUACCUCAUGCAGCCAGUCCACUCGGCAUUGUCGCUGCUGGCCUUGGUCCUGGUGCCGACAUCCUGGCACAACCAUGCUCCUCCUCCAGGAUGAAACUACUUGCCGACGAAACGGCCGAGGAAUUCUCGGACGUCGACUCAGCCGGCCCUGAGAUUAUCUACGCGAGCAAUGGCCGUGGUAUCGGCACCACUGGCUGCCUAUUGCACGGUCCCUGCGCUGCUAAUCCACCGCCGGAACCCGCGCCUCCUAUACCCCCUCUCCUGGACGAACACACCUCGGCACCCUCGCACAUUUGGUUCAACGAAAUCACCUGGGUUUUUCCAAAUGUGCCGCCCGCCCCAGGAAUGCCUUGUCAAGGAGAAGACAGAAGCAUAUACAGACGCGGAGCACGUAGGUGGAGGAAGCUGUACCGGGUGAAUGGACAUAUAUUUCAGGCGAAACGCUUCAAUCGGCGGGCGUUCUGCGCGUUCUGCCAGGAUCGGAUCUGGGGACUGGGUCGGCAGGGAUUCAAGUGUAUCCAGUGCAAGCUCCUUGUACACAAGAAAUGUCACAAGGUGGUGCGGAAGCCCUGCUUGAGCAUGCAGCAGCAGCAACAACAGCAACAACAACAAUUGCAGAGCACGGAAUCCCAGACGAUCGACAGGAACGGCGAUCAACAACAGCCUGAUUCUCUACGUUGCAGUCCGGCAGCUCAUCUCGAAGACGAGAUCGCUGAGUCGCCGAUCGUUGAGGAGCACUCACGUAAUCGAACCGGUAGCUACGAAGGGGAAGAAUUGGCAUUGGAUACGGUUACUGGCGCUGAUAAUUCAAACGAUAUGCAGAGGCAAUACUCGUUGAACGAUUUCGAACUCAUCAGGGUGAUUGGUCGUGGUUCUUAUGCAAAAGUUCUCAUGGUCGAACUUAAACGUACCAAAAGGAUCUAUGCGAUGAAGGUAAUCAAGAAGGCAUUGGUAACAGACGAUGAGGAUAUUGACUGGGUGCAAACUGAGAAGCAUGUAUUUGAGACUGCCUCGAAUCAUCCCUUCCUCGUUGGCCUUCAUUCGUGUUUCCAAACACCCUCUCGACUUUUCUUCGUCAUUGAAUUCGUCCGAGGUGGUGAUCUUAUGUUCCACAUGCAAAGGCAGCGUCGACUUCCUGAGGAACAUGCACGCUUUUAUGCGGCUGAGAUCAGUCUUGCGUUGAACUUCUUGCACGAGAAAGGUAUAAUAUAUCGAGAUCUAAAACUGGAUAACGUAUUGCUGGAUCACGAGGGACACGUCAAGCUUACGGAUUAUGGAAUGUGCAAGGAGGGUGUCCGAGAAAGCGAUACCACUGCAACUUUCUGUGGAACACCUAACUACAUAGCCCCGGAGAUAUUGCGUGGCGAGGAUUAUAGCUUUUCAGUCGAUUGGUGGGCUCUUGGCGUUUUAUUGUACGAAAUGUUGGCGGGUCGUAGUCCCUUCGACAUCGCCGGUGCUUCGGAGAAUCCCGAUCAGAAUACCGAGGAUUAUCUCUUCCAAGUUAUAUUACAAAAGACGAUUCGUAUUCCGCGAUCGUUAUCGGUAAAGGCCGCUUCCGUUUUGAAAGGCUUCCUUUGCAAGGAUCCCGCUGAGAGACUUGGUUGUGGAAAGAGGCCUUCGGCCUUUUUCGAUAUAGUCACGCAUUCUUUCUUCAAGGCGAUCGAUUGGGAAAUGCUUGAACAGAAGCAAGUCACGCCGCCAUAUAAACCACGCUUGGAUUCUGACCGCGAUUUGGCAAACUUCCCGCCGGAGUUCACCGAUGAGCCAGUACAUCUGACGCCGGAUGAUCCGAGAGUGAUCGAUAAGAUCGAUCAGAGCGAGUUCGAGGGCUUCGAAUACGUGAAUCCAUUACUAAUGUCCCUGGAGGAUUGUGUGUGACAAGAGCCGCUCUUAGUUGUGCCACAGCACGUACAAGAUGAACAACAAAUGCAACAGUUUUACAUGGAAGAAUUGUCAAACAAACUGUCGAAGCUACGAAUCGAUCCCCUCCUUCGCAUUAGUUCCGAUAAUCAGGGAUAUCAUAACGAUG